CAAGUCAUUAGCUAAUCAAUUUAUAAUCAAUCUAUAUACCGCAAUAGAAACAGUUAACAAGGAGAUUUAAGGAAGCAAUUUCAUUUUAAAUUAGUGAACAAAUAAAUUGAAAUAAAUUCUAAAAAGAAAUGUCUAACACCGAAAAUGAAGGAUUUAACAAAAUAAGAAAUCUUUUAUCAUGUCGUCAAGUGCUAAAUAUACUUACCAUGUUAGGAUUUAUGCUCAACUAUGCUUUGCGAGUAAAUUUAACAAUUGCUAUUGUUCAAAUGGUUCAACCAGAAACACAGUUAGAUAGCAACAGUACUAAUACCACAGAUUUUUCAUCAGAACAAAAUGUAGAAGACACAAAGGAUGAUCGCUUUGCAUGGGACUCAUAUCAUAAAAAUUUCGUAUUAGGCUGCUUCUUCGGCGGGUACAUAUUAACAGAAUUACCGGGAGGACGUUUAGCGGAGCUUAUAGGUGGACGUCGAGUUUUCGGUCACUCUAUGUUUUGGGCUAGUUUACUUACUUUAAUCACACCAUUGGCAGCACAUAUUAGUUAUGUAGCAUUAAUUAUAGUACGUGUAGUUUUAGGAUUUAUGUUAGGUGCUUCUUGGCCCGCAAUACAUCCAGUAGCAGCAGUUUGGAUACCACCUAUGGAGCGAUCAAGAUUUAUGUCCAAUAUGAUGGCUUCAUCGUUGGGAGCUGCCAUUACCAUGCCGAUAUGUGGAUUUCUUAUGGAUGUCGCUGGAUGGUCAAGCGUUUUCUAUUUAACAGGUGCUGUUGGUUUGCUAUGGUCUUUUGCUUGGUUUACUUUUGUAUAUGAAACUCCAGCUACACAUCCACGUAUUUCGCCAGAAGAACGCCGGGAGAUUGAAGAAGCUAUUGGUACUACAACAUCUAAAAUCCAUGCAAGUCGAGUUCCCUGGGGUCAACUUUUAAGCUCCUCUGCUGUUUGGGCAAUUAUCGUCACGCAUGCGCUAUCUGUGUACGGCUUCUUUACUCUCGUGCAUCAACUGCCCACCUAUAUGGAAACCGUUCUUAAAUUUGAUAUUAAAGAGAAUGGUCUAUUUUCAUCCUUGCCAUAUCUUGGAAAAUAUGUUAUGGCGUUCAGUUCAUCAUGUUAUGCAGAUUAUUUACGCAAGAAAAGAAUUCUAUCAACAACGGCGACAAGAAAAAUAUUCACUUCUUUUGCACUUUUAACGCCAGGAUUUCUAAUGGUUGCCCAAGUAUUUCUCGGGCGGGAUGCUGCAUGGUCUGUCAUUAUAUUUACAUUUGCUCUUUUUACUCAUGGCGCUGUUACAGCUGGCUACUUAGGUAAUGGCUUGGAUAUUGCUCCCAAUUUUAGUGGAACUAUUUUUGGAUUAGCAAAUACAUUUUCUUCACUUGGUGGCUUUCUAUCAUCAGGAAUGGUGGCAAUGUUAAUGCAAGGAGAUGAAUCUAAUUAUCGUCAGUGGCAAAAAGUGUUUUGGGUAUUAGCAGUUACUUACAUCUCAGGUGCUCUUGUUUAUGUGGUACUUGGAUCUGGAGAAUUACAGUCAUGGAAUAAUGAAUCUAAAAUAACGACAUUAGAUAGCAUUAAUAUUGAAGAAGAAGUGCCACUUAAAAGUACUAAAAUAAGAACGAAAAUAAAUGCCAAAGCUGAAAAAUAAAUUUAAUGGAUCAAUACUUAAACAUUGAUUUCGAGCAUCUAUUAAAUUAUAUUAUUUUUUAAUAGUACAAUAAUAAACUUUAAUUUUAUUGAUCCCACCUUAGAAUACAUUUGCUUAUGUUUAGAAAUAUU